AUGGGCUUCCUGGCCCUUUUUGCUCACGAGCUGCCCACAGCAGGGGAGAUGCAGGUGGCACUUUGCAUUGCCAGCCAGAAGUACGGCUUGAAUCCCGGCUUGAAGGGAUUUGCCCAACACUGCGAAAACAACAUGCUGACAAUGGGUGGCAAGAAAACGAAGAAGUCGACGAGACUUGGGGAGAAGAACAAGGUCCCACCCGAUGAGGAAGAGACGCAAGUGCCCGCGGAUCCGCGGAGCCCCAGCACCCCGGGAUCAUCAGUGAAGCCUGACUUCGGAUUUCACUCUUUGGAGUCCCCGCAAUCCUGCAUGCACGGGGAAGGGGAGGAAGGGAAUGAGGAAGAGAACUUGACUGAUGAUGAGUGUGUGGAUCCUGCUCCUGAUGGUUGCGAGCCCGAGGGCUUGGCCGAGUGCCUCCAGGAGUUCGAGGAGUCUGAGGUCAAGGACCAGGAGCAAGAGGUCGAGGAUGAGCAGCAAGAGGCCGAGGAUGAGGAGCAAGAUGAUUCGGGAAGUGCAGGUGAAAUGCUCGGAGAUGAUAAAAGAAGAAGCAAAGCUGAGCAAGAGAGCAGUGGUACAUUGAAGGACCGCAAGCCAUUGACGGACAUGCCAGAAGUGUCUGAGACACUGGAGGCGCAGGCUGCAGAUUCUUUACGGCGUUUGAAGGCCUUGGAGCCGGAGGAGGCAGAGGAUGAGGAUGGGCAGGAAGGAGGCAAGGACAAGGCAGGUCAAGGCAAGAAGAAGUUGAAAAGAAAGAAAACAAGGCGAAGCUUGGCUAAGGCAUUCAAGGAAGUGAAAGAGCCAAACGAGGCCGAGGGAAUCAAGCAGUGUGAAAAAGCGGAGAAGGAUGAGGAAAAGGAGGCUGGAUCAAAGGAAGGCCCUGGCAAGUCUAAGAGGGCUGCCGAAGAUGAACCAAAGGACAAACCCCUGCCGAAAAAAAAGAAGAAAGGCGAGCCCCCAGCAGCUGCCCCAGCUGCUGUUGCCAGCCAGCCCAGUGAGGCGCCAAAGGAGACGCAGGAUCCGGCUACCUUGCUGCUUCAAAAGCUGGCCGACAUGGAUCCGGAGUUCAAGUUCCAGGCAAAUGCCAAGUUGCCCGAACAGUCGUUCUAUGUCAAUCCGGGGAGCACAGUAGCGAAAGAGAUGAUGGGGCGCGUCAACAGCAAGCUACUGACCUCCUACAAGGACAAUGCCAAGGGUGGUGUCAACGUUGCCUGGAGAUUGUCUGGUGGAGUGGUGAAUGCGCUG